AGCUAAGCAAAUGACAAAAAAUACUGACCCUGUAGGGGUCCCAAGUGGCAUCGUAUCCUUCGUAAGGGUAGUCCUCUCCGCUGUCAAUUCCACCAUUUUUUAUGAUGAACUCGAAGGCGUAGUCCAUGAGACCACCAUUGCAUCCUUCAUUGUAUGUUGACUAAUUCCUAGCAAAAAUCUCAGAGAGCAGCACCAUCAAUGUUUUACGUAUCCGUUACUCUGUUCGAGAUUCCAAAACGCUCAAUAAAAAUCCUUGUGAGAAACCCCAGUUCACCUGUCUUCAGUCGAAGCCGGCAUUGGCUGCUGGGACCUCCGCACGGGCGCCGAGCAGCUCCGCUACAAGCUCUGCGCCUCUCCGCCUCGCGGUCUCAUCUGCGUAAACGAACGGUUCCUCGCCUCCUCUCAGCUUCUCGAGUCUUCUUCCUCCUCUUGCUCUGUCCUGGCCCUGGUCCAAGCUGCAAGUUCAUGUCUAGAGCUUUCCAAAAGAACCGAUCAAUCCGCUCACUGCGAACAGCGAAGGCACAUAGAUUGUUGGCGGAGGCUCGCCGGGGAAUAUCUACUUGUGGGAGGUCUAGUGAAUAAUAUUCUAGUCAUUCGACAGCAUUUUUCUGAGAAAUAUACAAGAAGUUGUGUUAAGGUUGCAACUUGUGUUGUAUUCUUGGUUCUGACUUCAACUGAAGACCUCGAACAAGUCUGGAGCUCUUUGCAUUAUAGUGUACACACACGCGCACAAUUAAUGUGCCUAUGCCCAGACGAUCUUCAUUAUGCCCGAAUGCAAAGGAAAAGACCAUUCUGGUGAAAUUUGUAAUGCAUCAGCCAACCACCGGUUCUAAUAAUGCAUGCAGCUUUCUCUCCCUUCCCAUCGCACUUCCCCUAAAGAGAAUGUGUCAACCCUGCGUUCGUUAGCAGCACCCGCAAUAGUCAGGUGAGUAGGAUUAACCAAAAAAAAAUAACUUCAAAAGGUCAACGAAACAUGCAUGCAUAAACUAAACACCUCAACUAAUUUUGAAAUUACCUGUUUUGCACUCUCCCUUUUUGAUGAUUUUUGCAGCCGGCCAAAGUGAGCUGCAAUGUAGUGGUUAAAUCCUGUAACUGCUAGCAGCUAAACCAGACAACUGGAGGGUCUUGGUGAAUCCAGUUUUUUUAGGUCUGCCGCCCUCCCAAAAGCGUGCUUGUGAAACUUUCUGCAAAAUUUUGUGACUAUAAACUGUUACUUUCUUGCAUAUAUUUUUUGGAAUGAAAUAAGACUAGAGCAUUGCAAAUCACGAUAUUGGGAGAGGGGGAAUUGAACUCGGGACCUGGAAUAUGAUAAUCUGCACUUGUUUAGUUGGAAUAUUGUAAUUUGUCAAGUAUAAUAAAAGCUCUACCCCAUAAAUUGUUUAGUUGGAA